UUGAUCGAACGAACCUCGUGGACAUAAGCAACGAGUCUACGUGUGGCAACGGCUCCGCUAGCUAGUAUGGCGGAGUUUAAAGAUUUUCGGAACGUUUUCGAGAAUUUGCCUUGUGGUAAAUCUGCAACUAAUACCCAGCCGUCCGGCGCCGACGGCCCAGCCGCAGCCGCCAUUCGCCCAGAGCGAAGGAGCUGUUGCGAAGCGGAGCCCUCCAGAGCCCCGAGGAACCCCGUCGACCCGCAGCCCGUCAUGCCCCUCGGCGGCCCCCCGCAGGCUGUGAUGGCCGCCGCCCCCUGGAGGUCCCAUGAGGCGCCCAGAGGGGUCGUCGUCGUCGGGGAACACGAGGUGAAAAUGGCGCCAGGGGGGUUCCUGAGCAGGGAUGAGUGCAGCAGCCCCUCCGCUAUCAGCGCCGCCGCCAGGAUCGAGGCGCAAGUAGACCGGAUCGACAACCUGAAAGCCGACCUCGACAUCAGCACCCUCAGCCCCGACUCGCAGCUCGUGGUCGGCCUCAUCACCAAGACGCUCCGCAACGAAAUCAACGACCUCAAACUCGUCCUCCAGAGAAGAGAUGAGACGAUCCGGAGCGAAAUUAGAAGCCUGAAAGAGAGACUCACUUCUUUAGAGACAAAAAUUGACGACUGCAACGAGAAACUGAAACACGAGAAUACAUAUAGUUCGCUUUGGUGCUGUUUCGGAUGACGACGUUCCUGCAUUUGACAAUAUUUGUGUAUAUAGAUAUAAUAUAUAAGUAUACUGUACGAGUGUUUGAAAACCUGUGUGUAUACUUAUGUGCAUAUACAUGUUAUAUAUACUGUAAAUUCAGAUGUGUAAAAAUUAUGUUUUUCCUCCUAUCACAAAGUGGAGGAAGGGCGUUAACUGUUCCUUAUGAAAAAGUGCUGUGCUAGUCAUUAAAAACGUUAAGCCUGUAAUGAAUAGGAAUGUAAAAGUUAUAGAAAAAUAACCCCGUGUGCAUUGUGAUAAUGGGAUCUAUGGUGUCUGUACGCGAUAUUGUGGCCACAGCUUUUGUAAAGAAUUGUAGAUUUAAUAGAAAUGUUUAUAUAAGAUGAAUAUAUGUGUUAGUGCAAGGGCUUGCGUGGUGAGAGAGAGAGAGAGAGAGAGAGAGAGAGAGAGAGAGAGAGAGAAAGAGAGAGAAUUUUGACGGUGUAUUUGCAUUCCAAAGUUAAUUUAGGUAUAUGGCCAGGAUGAUCUAUGUAGAACAAGAUUUAGUACGAGGUUUAAAGUCGGGUGGAUAUCAUGCCCGUUUGUCAGGAUAGAAUUGAGGUGCAGAUGCCUUUAUUUCGGAUUUACCUGAAUCAAAAUAAAAUUUGUAUAUUACACGGUUAAAUCAGACUUCGAUGCAUUUUCACCCUGCCCUUUCUCCUUCUCUCUCAAACUGAACUAUCUAUUACAUCCAAUUUUUGUUCGUUCGAAUCACGAGUCCUGUCUCGGUGUUAUUGAAAAUUAUAUAGUGUAUAGUGUACUGAAAGAAUUUGUAAAUCUGAAAUGUAAAUUGUAAAUGUGAUUUUAUAAUACAUGACUUUAAAAGUUAAGAGCCGUCAGAUUCUACAAAAUGAAUAAACUAAACGACCUAAUAUCCU